AUGGCGGGUCUAGUGGGGCAAAUCGGACCAUAUGAUGAAACUGUCGAGCAGUGGAGCUCGUAUACGGAGCGGUUCGAUUAUUUUGUCAAGGCUAAUGGGAUAAAAGAUGAGGUUCUAGUACCAACUUUUCUCAGUGUAAUGGGUUGUAAGACAUAUAAUCUACUACGUAGCCUGGUCCAGCCCAAUAAACCUGGUGAUAGCUCAUUCAAGGACAUUGUAACAAUGCUCCAGGAACAUUAUGCACCAAAACCACUCAUCAUUGCUGAAAGAUUCCGCUUUCAUAAACGCAACCAAUUAGAAGGAGAAUCGAUUGCACAAUUUGUGGCUGUACUGAAGCGUCUGUCAGAACACUGUGAGUUCGGCACAACACUGAGUGACACCAUAAGAGACAGAUUUGUGUGUGGGUUGCGUAGUGAGACCAUUCAAAAGCGACUCUUAUGUGAAAGUAACCUAACGCUAGAGCGAGCAAUGGAAAUCGGUGUAUCCAUGGAAAUGGCUGCAAAAGAAGCACAAGAGUUAAGCACAGCCAGUCAAGUUCACAAUGUGUACAGUGAAAGAGUGAAACAGGAUGAUAAGCGAGCAUGUUACCGCUGUGGAAAGAGUAGUCAUAUGGCACAGGAAUGCUGGUUCAAAGACAAAGACUGCAGAAACUGUGGAAAAAAAGGCCAUAUUGAACGUGUGUGCCAAAACAGAAAGCAAAAUGAGAAAGCAAACCCAGCUAAACCUGGAGAGUUCAAGAAAAGUUAUGUCAGAAAACUCAAAAAGAAAAACGUGAAUCAAGUGAAAUAUUCAGGGAAACAACAGGAGGAUGAAUCUGAUGAAACUGAAUACUCGCAUGUAAUGUCUGUGUCUUCAAAUUCUGAUGGCUACUGGGUGACACCACUUCUAGAUGGAAAAGCUGUCCCAAUGCAAGUGGACACAGGAGCUGCUGUAUCGCUCAUGGCAGAGUCAACUUACCAAGAGAAGUGGCCAUACCUCUGUCUCAAAGAAGCGAAGCUGAGCUUGAAAACAUACACAGGUGAGCUUGUACCUCUGUCAGGAGUCGUGGAUGUGUCUGUAGAGCUAAACAGACAAAAGGUAAACUUACCACUGUAUAUUGUGAAAGGUAGUAGUCACACAGCUCUGAUCGGUCGAUCUUGGCUAGAGAAAAUAAAGCUAAACUGGCAGGAAGUACAUUUAGUGGCGAAAGAGUCUACCAGCCUACAACACAUUCUGAGGAAGCAUGCAGAGGUGUUUGGAGAUGAAUUGGGAAGCAUGAAAGAUAUCACUGUAAAACUGACCAUUAAGUCUGAUAGUAAACCUAAGUGCUUAAAGGCUCGCCCAGUUCCUUACGCCAUAAAGCCUAAGGUAGGAACUGAAUUAGACCGGCUGGAGGAAACCGGUGUACUGAAGAAAGUGAGUGUUAGCGAGUGGGCCACGCCAAUUGUUCCUGUACUGAAAAAGGAUGGAUCAGUCAGAAUUUGUGGCGAUUUCAAGGUGGAUCCUGUUUCCCAAGAGCUGCUGACCAUCGUGACACACAAGGGCCUAUACAGGUAUCAGAGGCUUCCUUUCGGCAUAACUUCGGCUCCAGCGUUGUUCCAGCGGGCCAUGGACCAGAUCCUGAGUGGAUUGAAUGGAGUACAGUGUUAUCUCGAUGAUCUGUUAAUUACAGGGAAAGAUGAUGAAGACCAUCUCGGGAACCUGAACGCAACACUACAAAGGCUAAAAGAGUAUGGCCUUCGGGUGAAGAAAGACAAAUGUGACUUCUUCCAGCCCACCAUCGAGUACCUAGGACACGUGAUUGAUAGCGCUGGUCUUCACAAAGCUCCAUCAAAGGUAAAAGCUAUUGUGGAUGCGCCGUCACCAAAGAACGUAAGCCAACUGCGAUCAUUCCUAGGAUUGCUAACAUACUAUGCAAAGUUCAUGCCAAACCUUUCCAGUAGACUUCGUCCACUUCAUGAACUGUUAAACAAGUCAAACAAAUGGAAAUGGUCUGACAAAUGUGAAAAGGCAUUCAGAGAUGUGAAGUGCACAUUAACACAAUCAGAGGUCCUCACACAUUACAACCCUGCCCUACCGAUACAGUUGGCAUGUGAUGCUUCACCGUAUGGUGUAGGUGCGGUACUUUCACAUGUAAUGCCAUCUGGUGAAGAAAGACCAAUCGCUUUUGCGUCAAGGACUCUGAACUCAGCAGAGAGUAAUUAUGCUCAAAUUGAGCGAGAAGCUUUAGCAAUCGUGUUUGGUGUGAAGAAAUUUCACCAGUACCUGUUUGGGCGCAGAUUUACCCUGCUCACAGACCACAGACCCCUUACCUCCAUUUUUGGUCCCCAAACCGGUAUUCCUUCUCUGGCAGCGAAUCGCAUGCAACGUUGGGCUCUGCUACUGUCGGCUCAUCAGUACGACAUCAAGUAUAAGAGGUCUGAGCAACAUUGCAAUGCGGAUGGACUGUCUAGGCUGCCUUUGCCAGACACAAAGCCAGAAUGCCCUCAAGGCGACAUAUUCUACUUCCAAGAAGUGCAAGGUGCUCCGGUAACUGCUGCCCAAGUGAAACGAUUCACAAGAACUGACCCUGUCUUGUCAGAAGUUCUGACCAGGAUAUCUCAGGGCUGGAAAGGGAAGAUAACAGAUAAAUUCAAACCCUAUCUGAUUCGACGAAAUGAGUUGACAGUGCAGUCGGAUUGCUUACUGUGGGGUUAUCGUGUCAUCAUACCCCCGCCCCUGAGGCACCGUUUGUUGAAAGAACUUCACGCUGGUCAUUCGGGAAUAGUGAGAAUGAAAGAGAUGGCACGCAGCUACUUCUGGUGGCCUGGCUUGGAUGCAGAGAUCGAGGAGGAAGUAAAGGGUUGUUCAGAAUGUCAGAAUGUAAGGAACAUGCCCCAGCCAGCUCCCUUACAUCCAUGGGAUUUUCCAGAGGUGCCAUGGCAAAGAAUUCACAUAGACUUCGCAGGACCUCUGGAGAACCACAUGUUUCUGGUACUUGUGGAUGCUCACAGCAAAUGGCCUGAGGUUGCGGUCAUGCAUAACACAUCUUCGGAGAAGACCAUUGAGGAGCUUAGAAAUGUUUUCAGUCGUUUUGGACUGCCACAACAGCUUGUAAGUGAUAAUGGGCCCCAGCUAGUGUCUGAAGAGUUUCAGUCUUUCCUGAGUGUAAAUGGAAUUCAGCACAUCAGAUCUGCUCCUUAUCAUCCAUCCACAAAUGGCCUGGCUGAACGAUUCGUGCAGACACUGAAGAAGGCGCUAAAGACAUCUCAGGGUAAGGGCUCCCUAAACCAAAGACUGAACACAUUUCUAUUGUCCUACAGAAACACUCCUCAUGCAACCACAAAAGUCUCUCCAGCUACAGCUUUGUUGAAACGACAACUACGCAACAGACUGGAUCUUCUGAGACCAACCGGAACCAAGCAGAUUGUAUUGUCACAACAGCAAAUGCAGGUGGAGAGGCGAUCCAAAGCGAAGUUCAGGAGUUUCAACAGAGGUGAUGAGAUACUUGCUCGUAAUUAUGGAAAGGGAGCGAAAUGGGUACCUGCAACUGUUCUUGCACAAACCGGCCCUGUUUCAUACAUCGUUGAAACAAAGGAAAAGUUUACGUGGAGGAGACAUGUUGACCAGUUGUUGUCCUCGACAAUCUCCAGUGAUGAUCCCUGUGAAUUGGACGCACAUCAACACGCAUCUCUCUUCAACUCGGGUCGAAAGGUGGUAUCAGAAACCUUACCCACACCAUCUUCGAGUGAACCGCGGGUAAGCGUUCCCGUUGAGAAUACUUCUUCCUCAUCAGUGACUGUUACAGACACUCCAGUAGAAACACCACCGGUGCCUGUUCUCCAUCGUUACCCAACUAGAGCGCGAAAACCACCACGGAGAUUGGAUCUUUAGUCUAGAGGCUAACCCACGACAUUGGGGCAGAAUAAUCCCCAGGGUUCCGCCAGGGAAUUGAGGCAGUCUACCCUCCUUCCCCAGAGUUAGAAAAGUUAAUAGAAUGUUCAUGAAAAUAAUAAUAAUAAGAGUAAUGUUCUUAAACUAAAGACAAAUGUAUGUAUGACAUCAAAAGCAUUUAUUUGUUGAGAUUGACUUCAAAAGUAAAAGGGGAGGAAUAUGUUGUGUAUUGUUUACUUAACGUUUCGGGUUUUGUCCUUACGGUGAUUCCGUAUUUGCCCUCCUCGGGAUAUUGUUCAUGCGCAGAACAACUGUGUCUUGUUGAGUCUCGAGUCAGUAAAGGCUGC